GACCGUGAGAAGAGAAGUCACGCAUGCGUUGGAUGACCUCGAGGUGGAGUCAUAAACACAGCUUCGAAACUGGUUGUUCUCUUCAUCUUGCAAUAUUUUACAGUUCUAGUAAAGACGAUCAAAAUGGGGCUAAACGACGCAGAAGUGAAGAAGCAGAUUCAGCACAUGAUGGAUUUUAUCCAUCAAGAAGCCAAAGAGAAAGCUGAUGAGAUUGAAGCUAAGGCUGAAGAGGAGUUCAACAUAGAGAAAGGAAGGCUAGUGCAACAAGAGCGUUUGAAGAUCAUGGCUUUUUAUGAGAGAAAGGAGAAGCAGAUUGAAUUGCAGAUGAAAAUCCAAAGAUCAAACUUUCUGAAUCAGUCCCGGUUAAAGAUUUUAAAGUCUCAGGAUGAUCAAAUUCAGACACUUUUAGAUGAAACAAGGAGCAAGUUAGGCCAUGUUACAGAUGAUACUGCGAAGUACAAGAGUGUUCUAGAGGGGCUGAUUACCCAGGGACUUUUUCAAAUUCUGGAGCCAACAGUAAUUUUAAGAUGCCGCAAAGCUGAUGUCACUUUAGUCACGGAAACAAAAGAUAAGGCUGUGAAAGUGUACAAGGAGAAGACUGGGAAAGACUGCAAAGUUGUGGUUGAUAAGGAGAACUUUUUAGGAAGUGACUGUUCUGGUGGGGUUGAAUUGAUUGCCAAAGAUGGCAAGAUUCGAGUUAUCAAUACUCUAGAGAGUCGUCUUGAGCUUCUGAGCAGACAGAUGCUUCCAGAAAUCAGAAAUCGAUUAUUUGGGGACAACAAAUCAAGGAAGUUCUACAAUUAGAAAUUAUCACCUGAGCAAAUCAAAUAACUCUCGUGAAUUUUGGAAAUCUUAUAUUUAUCUUUUUUAUUUCAAUGAAUCCGUCAAUCUUUAUGCUAAUCCUUUAAAGUGACUUUGAAAUGUCAGUUCGUAAACAGUAAGAUGACGAUCAAGGAUCUUGAAAAGUGUCUGAAAAUUCUUCUAUAUAUAAAUUUUAUAUUUCAAGCAGAA